UGGCCACUGUGCAUCCGUCGUUUUCCAUCAUCCACAUUCUCUCCCAACCACAACCAACUCUGGAUAUCCCACCAACAGGCUUAUCCCCUUUUGUUUUUAUAGCACGACAACCCUUUUACACGGCAUUCGCACUCUCCCUCUCAGCAUCUUACCUCCUUCUAUUGAAGUUCGACCUUUUAAGAGUACCUCGUCGCUGUCCAAAUUCGGGUAACCCGCCGACCUACAACAGUGACGACGGGUCCGGCUGGUUUUGCCUCUUCCUCCUGUUGAUGUUAAGUUGACAGGAUGGUGAGGCCUAGGAAAAAGAAACAGCAGACACUGGAGGCGACGCUUGGCCGCCCGCGGGUAAAAACCAUCAUUCGGCCCCGUGGGAAGAGAAAGGACAAGGCUGCCUCGGGAACUUCGGUAUUGAGUUCGCCACCCAGGAAUGCGGCUCCCUUGGACAGUUCACCGCCGGCACCUCCGUCGUCGUUUAUGCACUCGUCCCAGGUACCUGGGAGUACGAGGAAAAAGACAGUCGCAUUCGAGGAUUCCUCUUCGGAAGAGGCGAGAGAGGAUGAGCAGGAGCGGGUAUUUCCCGUGAGGGGGACGCGACGGGGCAAGGGACGUCCAGUUGCCGGGCCCGGGUGGGAGUCGGAUUCGGAGUCGGAGUCCAGCAUCCUAUCAUCGGGAAAGGGCGAAAAAGCUCGGGAGGAGAGUGAUGACCAGGAAGACGACGACGACGAACCCCUGGCCACUCCCAUAGCUAGGCGUAAGAGACAUUUGGCCCCCAGCGAGAGUGAUGAGGACGAGCAGCCCCUCGUCUCCCCACCUAUCAAGCGGCGCCGCCUCAUUCGGAGAAAAAAUACAAUCUCCAGCCAGGAAGACAAAGAGGACGAAGACGAAGAAGAACCGCCUGCGCCAUCUUCAGUUAAAACUGGCCGCGCGAGACGGAAGCCGCUCACACUAAAAGAGAAAGCUCGAGAGCUACUCCGCCGGAAGCGUGCCGGCGAAGUGAUCAACGAGGACGAGAAUUCGUCGUCUUCGGACGAGGAGGAGCCCGUAAAGGCUAUGUACGACAGCGAUCCAGAUCAUCUCGUGCUUGAUGAGUUCGAGGACGACGAAGAGGGUAUCAAUGAGCCUGUAUUGGAGGACUCCGCCACGGAGAGAAGGAAGAGCAAGAAGGGCAAGAAGAAGCAAAAGCGGAACGUGGUCGAUGGCGAUGACGGGUCGGAGAGUUUGGACGAUUUCGUCAUCGACGACGACGACGCUCCCCUUGGUGUACCUGAUGAGGCCUAUCAGGACAUGCCCCUGGAGUUCACAAGGCACUCACAAAAGUCGCUGAAGGAAUAUUUCCGGGAUGCCAUAGAGUGGCUUGUGCAGUUCAUGGUCAAUCCUGAGUUCCCCAAGGAACAUGCGGUAUACCACAUGGCGUGGAAGAAGCUGGAUGAUGAAGUCCAAGGUCUCGCCACCUCCAAGUUUGCCUCUGCUGCUUGGAAAAAAGAGUUUAUCAUGGCGCUCCGGGCUCGACCAUACUUCAACAACGUGGAGCUUUCCAAGGGCGAUAUGGCCGAGGUUCAACACUGCGGCGCCUGCGGCAGGACAGGCCAUCCCGCCAAAUACUUGAUGACCUUCACCGGUGCCCCCUACUACAAAAACAUCACGAACCUCGAACGCUUCCUCCAGCCCGUCGAUAUGGACAGCGAGUCCGACUCCGGCUCGGGCUCCAACGCCCAUGACGAUGAUGAGAACGGCAAUUCAAUCCCUAAGGAGGACACAGAAUGGUUUGUUGGCGCGGUCUGCAACAGCAACGCCGAAACAACACAUGAUCUCAUGCACUGGAAGAAGGGCCUCCUCGUCUUUGUGGAUACCCGCCUUCACAUCGAAGGUUACAUGGAUUCCGCCAAGGUGGUCGAGCGGGAGCGCAUGGAUCCUCAGGAGAGGAACGACCUCGUGGACAAGAUCAUGAAUCAUUGGGAGAAAAAUGGCAUGGUGAAAGCACUUUACCAGGAGUUUAAGGGAACUAUUGAGAAGGCGAGGAAUAAGCCCACUAGUGGGAGAUAUCGGUGAGACGGGCGCCUAAAAGCCGGGGUCGUUGG